AUUAGGUUUACGUAUUGUUCAUUCAUUAUGAUUGGAUCGUAGCAUGGAAAAGAUUUCAUACUUUAUUGUUGCAUGUAGUCCUUACAGUAAGAUAAAUAAAUUUCAUUGGUUGGUUGGCUGGGUUAAAACAAUUCACAAUUAUGGGGCUAGCAGAGACAUAUUACUACUACAAUGACGAAAUAGCGGAUUCUCGGACCAACGACUGGUGGUUGAUAUCAACACCUUUGCCUGUGAUGAUAAUAAUAGCAAGUUAUCUCUACUUUGUGUUAUCCUGUGGACCACGCUACAUGCGAAAUACGAAACCUUAUUUUUUAAGAACAUUCCUUACAUGGUACAAUAUUUUUCAAAUCAUUUACAACACAUGGAUAAUCUAUAAAUUAAUAACUGCUGGAUGGCUAACACAUCUCACCGUGGGUUGCGAGCCCAUAGAUUAUUCGCUGGAUCCAAUGGCUGUACAACAAGCAGAGGUAACCUGGUGGACCAUGAUUUUGAAAAUAAUUGAUCUAUCAGAAACAGCAGUGUUCGUUUUAAGGAAAAAAGAUAGACAAAUAUCUUUUCUGCAUCUUUAUCAUCAUGUUACAACGGUGUUGAUAAUAUGGAUUUCAGUCAAGUACUUUGCAGGAGGCAUGUGCACCUUUCCCAUAAUGGUGAACAGUAUGGUUCAUGUCAUUAUGUAUACUUACUAUAUGUUGACAGCGAGAGGUCCAAGAUUACGAAAAAUCAUGAGCUUUAUCAAGCCCUACAUUACCAUUAUUCAAAUGAUUCAAUUUUGUGUACUACUGGUCCAUGCCAGCCAAGCAUUGUCAUCUUCGUGCGAUGUUUCAACAACAGCAGCGAUGGUCUACAUAACAAAUCUCUUCAUAAAUCUUUUCUUGUUUAUUCAUUUUUAUAGAAAGAAUUAUACGUCGCAAAAAAAGACUGUUUGAUCUAAAAAAUGUAUCAGCUUUUAAUGUAAAUUUAAAAAAAAAUAAUAAUAAUUAUAAUAAUAAAUUACGAA